AGUCCGUUCAGUUGCCAAUUAAUCGCCAUGGCUGAUCCACGCAUCGCUCUGGGCCUGCUAAUCUGCGUAGUGCUCGCUGCUGCCAAUGCCAAGCCCCAGGGUCGCAUCCUGGGCGGCGAGGAUGCCGCCCAGGGUGAGUUCCCCUGGUCCGUUUCCGUGCGUGUCAACAAGGCCCACGCCUGCUCGGGAUGCAUCAUCUCGCAGAACAAAAUCCUGACCGCCGCCAGCUGUGUCUCCAGUGUGAGCACCACACCGGUCGAUCCCAGCUCUGUGGCCGUGCGUGUGGGCAGCAUUAACCAGUAUGCCGGCGGCAGCAUUGUGAGCGUCGAGAGCAUCCUGAUCCACCCCUCCUACGGCAACUUCCUUCACAAUCUGGCUCUGUUGACUCUAAGCGAGAACCUGGUCUAUAGCGAUCGCAUUGCCGCCGCCACCUUGCCCUCUAAUGAGAGCAGCGGCGAGGAGACGGAGGAGGAGCUACCUAAUGGCACUCCGGUCUAUGUGGCCGGUUGGGGUGAGCAGUCCGAUGGCACUGCCGCCUACAAGCUGCAGAAGUCCAACUACAACACACUGAGCGAUCCCUGGUGCGAACUGGCCGCUGGCUAUGGUUAUUCGCACAUAACCUGCCUGUCCAGUGCCGAGAACGAGGGCAUCUGCCGGGGAGAUACCGGAGCAGCGGUCGUCGACGAUAACAAAGUCCUGCGCGGCAUCACCAGCUUCCACUUUGGAGAGUGCGGCAGCAAUUUCCCGGACAUAAGCACCCGUGUCUCAUACUAUCUGGCUUGGAUCGAGGCCAAUGCCAACUAGGGAGAGCAGGAGGUCACUGGAAGAGCCCUGGAGGUAACUGGGAAUAACUAGAGUUCACUGGAGAUCGAUGGGCAUCACUGGAGGUCGAUGGAGAUCACUGGAGAUCACUGGAGAUCAGUGGAGAUUUCUGGAUAUUGCUGGAGAUCCCUUGAAUUUUUUAGAGAUCGCUGGAGAUUGCUGGGGAUCCCUAGAGAUAUCUGGAGUUCCUUGAGAUUCCUCAAUAACCCAGGAGAUCCCUAAAGAUCCCUGAAGUUCCCUAAAUUUCCCUAGCCACCCCUAGAGAUUCCUGUACCUUCACUGCAGUUCCCCAAAGGAUAGCCAUAAUUUUUUUUAUACAUUUUUUUCAUGUGCAUAAAGUGUGUUACCUUCAAAAAAAAAAAAAUUGUUUCU